CCGCGCACCAGGAAGGGCGGCAGCUGCCGCGCCGGGCCGGGCCGGGCGGGGCCGAACCGGGCCGGGGCACCAUGGCAGCAGUCUGUGGAACCUGUGUGCGUCUGCGUUUGAAAUAGGGGCUGUGCACAAAGAGCUGCGGGGAAAGCGGUGCUCUCAGAGGGGAACUGCAAAAUUGUCUGUCGAUUUGGAAAUGGUGCCAAAACAACAAAGCAAAUCCGGAUUUGUGUAUUUGCUGAGAUCAGUCGUACUGCAUUCGGCUGCAACACGACAUGUAUUUUCUUACAAGCAAUAGCCGACUGAACGAGCAAGUGGUGGAUAAAAUCAUUCUUCAGCUUAAUAGAGUCUACCCCCAAAUUCUCACCAACGCAGAAGCGGAAAAGUUCAGGAAUCCGAAGGCGUUGCUCCACACCAGGCUCUCGGAUUUGAUAAAGCACCUUCAGAAGAAAGGCGAGAGACACUGCCAGGAGUUUUACCGGGCUCUGCAGAUCAAUGCCGAACAGCUGUAUAAUGACCUGCCAAGCAGGAAAAUCUUAAAAACUACAGAUUCCACAGAGAUAGCCACUGACAAGGAGAAAUGUAUGCUAAAUGACAGGGGUCCCGUGUUUUUCCUUGCUUGUUUCAGCGUUGCUGCAGGAUUUGCCUUAUUUUGGUACUGCUGUGACUCAGAUACCAAAGUCCUAGGAAGAGCCAGGAGAAUCUUGGGCUUUUCUCCUAUUAUCAUAGGAAGACAUGUUAGAAAGAUUUGUAUGUUGUAUUUGGAAGACUUACCAAGGAAUUAAGGAAGAGCUGCCUCUUCGCUUGUCUGUACAGUAUAUACCUGCCAAGGGAAGACAACGGUGCAUGAAUAUUAAUGUACUAUACUCUCAUACCAAAGAUUUUGUUAACUAGCUUCAUCAAUAAUUGUGUUGCCUUAAGAUGUAUUCAGAAGCUCAACUAUAUAUGUCCUUCCUUAUGGGAAUGGACCAUUUAUUUUUGUAAAUGCUUAUUUUAAAAUAUUUAUCAUUUGGAUAAAAAUAUUUUUAAUACAAUCUUUAAAAUGAUAUCCUAAGUGAUUGUGGGUCUUAAGCCAUGUUUGCAUAUAUGUGUUUUAUACUGGAAUGGAGGAACACAACAGUUUAAAGAGUGCAAGUCUGUCUUUUGUGAUAAUUAAUUUAAGAAAAGCACUUAAAAAAAAAGCCCACAUGCACUCAAAGCCUUACUAAGAAACGGAUCUCCAUCUCAGGAUCGUCUGCUUUGUCCAGAGCCUUUACACUUGCUGCCUGAGCUCAGGUGGGCACCGGCGCCUCUAAACGUUACCGGUGCCAGGUCCCCGUGUGUGUGCCGAGUCCUUGCCGUGUUUCCUGAGCCUCGUGUUGGUGGCUCAGCCCAGCCUGCCUCGGUCGUGCUCGCGCUGAGCCCUCCGUCGUGGUUCGCGCGCGCUGGAGCUGGCGCGGACCGUAGCCCGGCCCGUGGCCCGUCUCAGGGACUGCACUGGCUGGUCUGAAGCGCUUGAAACUGCCAGGGAGGUUUUUCAGGGUUAUUUAGUCUUUUCCAGUGAGGUGUUUUGGGGUCCGUGUAUCUAAGAAAUGGAAGUAAUCCGACAUACUUUGCAGGGACUUAAGUGCUGCGAUGUGGAGGCAUUUUAUGGCCAAAAAUGUGUAUGUUUACUUGAAGAGUCUGAAGCUGUUUGUGAUGUUAUUUGAUCAUGUUCUGUUUUCUUCUGUGAGCUGAAAGCUGAAAAGCUUGCGGGAACCGCUCUCAGCACACAGUGUCAGAAUGAAAUACGUGGGGGAGGUUCAGGGAGUCAGGACUGCAAGUGUGGCAUGGGGGGUUGCGUGGCUGCACGAGCCUGGUCGUGCUGCUGCCUAGCUCAGCAGGAAGGGCUCCCUCCUCCAAGCUGGAGGUCCAGGAUUUCUGAACCAGGUGUGAGCAGUGGCAUUUUCGGUGGGCAGUUCUUCAGUUCCCGUAAGCGCAUAAGGAACAGGGGAGACCGUGUCCCUGCGCCUGGCGAGAAAGGCUCUUGUGGCUGUUCUUUCCCUGGAAAGCGACUUCCAGAUCAAAUUUAAUGCCACGAGGGGAGCUGGUCACCUGGACGAGUCGCAGCUACAUCGCGGGUCACUGUGCAUUGACAGGUCCUGCGCGACACUCCAAGUCAUUUGAAGUGGUUUUCUCAAAACAGUCAGCUGGAAAAUUAUCUUCCAGCUUUGAAUUUCAUUCAUACUGUAAAAAGUGUUACCACCUUCUCCAAAGCAAAUCGUCUUGUAAGACUGUGUUUCCUUCCAGGACGAAGCUCACCAGCGAGGCUGGCAGGCCUGUGGUCCGGGGAGGACGGGCUCCGGGGCGCAGGGUUUACACCGCUAGCGGUGCCUGAACCGGCACGGUUAAGGCGAGCUUGGUGGUCUCGGUGCACGCAGGUGUACCCCCCGUCAGCAGCGGGCCAAGGGAUGUUUUCAGCUGCUUCAUAGCCAGGUUGGUGCAACGCAAAAUGCAAAAUGAUGCAAGUGCCGUACACGCAACACGAGAGCACUCUGCAGCGCAGUUUGUUCAGGUGUCUCCUCCCCUGCCUCCACCCCACUGUCUCCUGCAUCCCUUUGAUUUAGUAUCCAUGGGGAAUCUCACCAGGGAGAAAUCCGUGGCAGAGCCGCAAGCGUUGCCCGUGGAGUUGGCCCGUGGUGCCCGCGGGGCGCCCCGCGGCUCUGCUGCCCCGUUGCACGGUGAUGGCCCUUGUGCUGCUCGCCGCCCGGGGGGAAGGGCUUGAAUUGUGUUCUGGUGUUUCCUCUGUGCCUUGCCCUGGGUCUGAAGUCACAACAACUUGCUCCAGCAAGCUGUCGCUUAAUGUAUAACAUUUGAAAUGAAAUGCAACUCUGCACUGCUGCGCAAAUCCUACAGCAGCUGGCUUUUUAAGGCAGCAGAAAAAGGUAUUUCUGAGAUGCAAAGGGGCUUUAAAGCCAAGUUGGUCUUGAAGCCAACUUUGAAGCCUUGUUAGAGGGGCAGUGUUUCAUUUUACACCAAAAACACUGUUCAGAGCAAUGUCAAGAGUCGCAUCUCAUUUUAAAGCAAAUGCGGAGGGCUUGUUGCUGCGAGGCAGAUGCUUUCUGUUUGGGUUGUCUGCCGUGUUACCCUGAACAGCAGGCUGUCAGUUGCUGGGAGCCGUUGCCGAAACCUGCGGGAGUUAUCGGUGCCUUACUGAGUCUGAAGGCCGGAUUCUGCUGCGCGUACGGGUUCAGGGACGCCUGGCUUUGCCUUGCCGGCAGCCCUACGAAGCCGCUCACAGCCCCAGGAGCGCGACGGCCGUGCGGGAGGCCGUGGCCCUCCCAGUGCCUUGAGCCAAACGGCUCUCUUCAGCUUUUAAAAUAGGAAAGUUUAGUAAAGGCUAUGGUAUAUUUCUGCUCUUUUUGAAAGUGCUCAAGAUGCAGGUGCCUCUCAGGAGAAAAGCUGCUGGGGAGAUCUCCUUGGUUUGGCCUGGGAGGAGGGAGGGAGACUGGACGUAGAUUCAGCCCAGCAUCACAAAAACCAGAACAUUUGUGUCUUUAUCAGUGCUAGUUUUUACUGAUUAAAAAAAUAAGAGUGAGGCUUGCUAUAAAACUGGCAGUGCCUAGGUUUGUGUAAUAUGUAGUCUCUGGGGAAAGUGAUGACCGGGCUCCCUUCCCUCCUUUCCCUUGCCCUUCCCUGCUCCUCAAAAGGGGUUUAAAGAAAUUGGGUGGAAGUUCAGGCGGUGUUUUGUGGUUCUCUGGGCUAGAACAGAGUUGGAGGCAAGCCCGUUGGGAGGCGGCUGUCGCCUUUGAAGGUCCUUCUUUCAGGAUACCAAGAUUUAAUACGCUUCUCCGCAAGUGAGUCUAUGCAGCAAAUGCCGACAGCAGAUGCAGCGAUAACUCCAUAUUCAGUUCCUCAGGGAAGCGUGUGUGUACCCGUUUGGAAGUCAGGUCCUUCGAGGGAAGCAGUGUUACUUGCUUUGAAAUAAAUGAAGUGGGGUCUUGGGUGAGCCCGGCUAGGCGCAGAAUUCCCGCUCCCCUGUCGGCUCGGGGAGAGCUCGGCGUUUACUGCCCAAGCGGUUCAAGAGCGAGCCAAUGUUGCGGCCCCCGAGGCAACGCGAGCGGGCACGUGGCCCUGCUCCUGGAAGAAGUUCAGGCAGACAGGCUGGACGUCUGCACCCAGAGAGAGCUGGGAGCGAAGUGGCAGCUCAUACGGUGAAUUUGCACCAGUCCCUUUAAAGCAGGACUGCUACUUGGAGCACUUUGGAGCAGCACUGUGUGCCAGCAAGCGAGAGCCGCAAGCGUGCGGCAGGCCGGGCUGGAGCAUGGUGGGCUGCUUCAGCGCUGCUGCCUGGCGUUGUGAAGCCGCCAGGGCUAAGCCACCCUUUCUGGUUCUUUGAUUUGUGAUGCGUUUUUUUCUCAUACUGUAAUAAAAGGAAACUUAAAAUACAUUUGGUCAAGAUUUACUGUUGUGGAUGCUUUUCACAGGUGUUCUGUAUGCACAAACACUCUUCCAGAAAAAUGCAAUGCCUUACCUGGGUAAGCAGUGCAGCUGCUUACACCUGGAAAUGCAAGCAGUUCGCUGUACUUCACAGGUCCUGUGUUUUAUAAUCAUUUAUCCUAGCGUAUGUCUUCUCUAAUCCUAAAGAAGUUAAUGGAAUGUGUUUUUUUAAUGGGGUGAAGCUGGCAAUUAAAUUGUAAUAAAGUCUGUACUGAGAAAA